AUACUGUGUGAGUCAUAUAGGGCAAGUCCUGCCUGGUGUGUUUACUCUGCCUCUGCUACCCGGAGCUGUGGAGGCGUUUUAGGAGAAGUAACAGGCAGACAGAAGAAAAGUCCGCGGACAGUCUGGAUAUUAAAACCCGGUGUCACGGCGUCGGCUAAUUAAUGAGAAAGAGGGGAGUGUUUGGUCCGUUUCUGAAUGGAGCUACUUCGGUUUUCCGCUUUUUGGUGUGGAGCGAUACUCUUUGGUAGUAUUCAGCUCGAGGAGGCGGAGGCCUCCAUAAUGAAGUUAAGAAGACUGUGCAAGUUCUGUGAUGUGCGGCCCACCAGCUGCACAGGUAAAGGGACCUGCAAGGUGGAGUGUGAAAUCACAGCAAUCUGCCCUGGUGACGACGAUGUGUGUGUUAGUAUCUGGAGGGCGAAAGAUGACAAUUUCACCUUUGAUACAGUCUGCCACAACCGAUCUCAGAAACUGUACGGCCUGGCCCUGGAGGAUUACAACAACAGCAAGUGUGAGAUGAAAGAAAGAAAGGGCAUGGGCUCACAGUUCUUUAUCUGCUCCUGCUCGGAGGAUGAGUGCAAUGAGCAAAUCUUCUUUAACUCCAACGUGGAUUCCCAGGUGGUGGCAGUCAUCUUAGUAAGCCUGGUGCCUCUGCUGGUUAUGGCUGUUGUUGUCAUCACUUCCUUCUACUGUUACCGGGUCUACCGCCAGCGGCAAGCCAACUCCAAGCGCAAGAAGCGUGCUCCGCUGGACUUCAGUGACGCUCACGCCAUAAUGAUAGACGACGAAGACAGUAGCUCCACGCAUGCCAACAACCUCAACCACAACACAGAGCUGCUGCCCAUAGAACUGGACGUUCAGGUCGGAAAAGGACGCUUCGCAGAAGUUUACAAAGCCAAGCUUAAGCAGGGCUCCUCGGUCAGCGAGGAGCAGGGCUUUGAAACGGUGGCCGUUAAGAUCUUCCAGUAUGAAGAGUACACCUCCUGGAAGAAUGAGAAAGAGAUAUUCUCAGACGCAGACUUGAGACAUGACAAUGUGCUUCACUUCCUCACAGCAGAGGACAGGAAGGCGCAGAGACAGUGCUGGCUGAUCACAGCCUACCAGCCCAGAGGGAACCUCCAAGAGUUCUUGAUUCACCACGUCAUCAGCUGGCACGACCUGUGGCUGCUGGGGGGUUCGCUAGCGAGCGGAGUGGCUCACCUUCACAGUGACCACACCCCAUGCGGUCGCUAUAAGGUGCCAAUUGCACACAGGGACAUUAAGAGCUCCAACAUACUGGUGAAAAGCGACUUGACCUGCUGCCUGUGUGACUUUGGCCUCGCCCUCCGCCUGGACAACACUCUGUCGGUGGAUGAGCUGGCCAACAGUGGGCAGGUGGGUACAGCCAGGUACAUGGCCCCAGAGGUCUUGGAGUCCAGAAUCAACUUAGAAAACAUUGAGUCUUUCAAACAGGCCGAUGUUUACUCUAUGGCGCUUGUACUGUGGGAGAUGAUCUCCAGGUGUAACGCAAUUGGAGAGGUGAAAGAGUACGAGCCACCCUUUGGGAACCUGAGGGAACAUCCGUGUGUAGAGAGCAUGAAGGACAGUGUUCUCCGAGACAGAGGAAGACCUGAGAUCCCCAACAGCUGGAUCAACCACCCAGGUAUCCAGAUGGUGUGCGCCUCCAUAGACGAGUGCUGGGACCACGACCCGGAGGCCCGUCUGACAGCCCAGUGUGUCGCUGAGCGCUUCGACGACAUCGAGUACCUGGACAAGCUGUCAGAUCGCUCUGACUCAGAGGAGAAGAUCCCUGAGGAAAUCUUAAUGGUGGAUGAGAAGUAGAGCUCAACAGAAACACUGCCCCCACCAGGCUGACAGAGGAAUUACAACCAAGCAGCUGGGAGAGAGAGGAAUUCCAGUGGACGAGUUGUUUGCUUUGGGUUCGUCAGAAAUGUGUAACAGAGGAGGAAACUGGAAAAGCAUGUAGAUCAAACAGAACUGAUACCAGAGAUGGACUUUGAUAAAUCAGGACCAGCUGACAGACUUGAUUUUUGUGCUUCUACGUGCUUCAGAGAGCGGAUCAAGUCAUAAACAAACAGCAAAAUUACAUUAUAAAGCUUUUUUAACCAAAUACUAUUUGCACUUUAUCAGUAUCUAUGCACACCAAAUGAUAUAUAUUCAGUGUCUUUUUGUUCUGACAAUACAUCAGGUAUAGGAAAUAAAGGGACAGAAAGUAUUUAGAGAAGAGGGUAAAGGGAGCAGUGUAAUAUAUUAAGACAGUUAAUGACACUAAUAUUCCCUUUACAGUUAUUCGACUGCAAACGUUUUCCUAGGUGGCCUUGGAUAUAUAUAUAUAUAUAUGUGUGUCUGCGCGACUGGAUUCAAAGUGCAAGCAUAAUUUCUCGUGGCGUGAAAUGGAAAUCACCUACAGCCGGGAAAUAGAAAAGCCAUCCAAGGCGGUAAUCUGCAGGGGAAGCUGAUAUCAUAUCUCAGAGACUAUGAAUUGUAAAAUAAAGACAGCAAAUUCAGCCUGAAAAGGAAAAAGGGAACAGAUAUAUACUGUGUGUGCGCAAGUGUGUGUGUAUGUGUGUGUGUGUGUGUGUGUGUGUGUUUGUAUGCAUGUAUUCCUCAGAGGACUCUAGAGAAUAAGCGAAUAGAGAUAUGUAUAACGGACUCUAAACAGGAAGUUCCAGCCCGCUGCCUACAGUAUGCAUAUGCUAUAAAAGCUGAACUUCUUCUUUGUACACAUUUUAUUACAGCAAAGGGAAUUCUGAUCCAGCGCUCAGAGAAGAUCUAUAUCAAAGUUGUUUUUGUAUAAAAGUGUAAAGCCAUAAUUAAAAGUGUUACAGGUCU